AUUGAUGUGACAGUGUCAGGUGGAUCAACGGCCAUCCCACUUCCCCCUCAGUGAGGGGGAUGCUGAGUGUGGCAAAGCAUGGAGGAAAGUAAGAAUGAGACAAUGAAUCAAGCUCACAUCCUUUUUGACCGGUUUGUCCAGGCCACCACCUGCAAGGGAACUCUCAAGGCCUUCCAAGAGCUCUGUGACCACCUGGAACUGAAGCCCAAGGACUACCGCUCCUUCUAUCAUAAGCUCAAGUCUAAGCUUAACUACUGGAAAGCCAAAGCCCUCUGGUCAAAGUUGGACAAACGAGGCAGCCACAAAGACUACAAAAAGGGAAAAGUAUGCACUAACACUAAGUGUCUCAUCAUUGGAGCUGGCCCCUGUGGUCUCCGCACAGCCAUUGACUUAUCCUUACUGGGAGCCAAGGUGGUCGUUAUUGAGAAACGAGAUGCUUUCUCUCGCAACAACGUCUUGCAUCUCUGGCCAUUCACCAUACAUGAUCUGCGAGGUCUGGGUGCCAAGAAGUUCUAUGGCAAGUUCUGUGCUGGAGCCAUUGACCAUAUCAGUAUCCGUCAGCUCCAGCUCAUACUGUUGAAAGUAGCCUUGAUCCUAGGCGUUGAAAUCCAUGUCAAUGUAGAAUUCCAAGGACUUGUACAGCCUCCUGAGGACCAAGAAAAUGAACGGAUAGGUUGGCGGGCACUGGUGCACCCCAAAACCCAUCCUGUAUCGGAGUAUGAAUUUGAAGUGAUCAUUGGAGGAGAUGGCCGUAGGAACACCUUGGAAGGAUUUCGUCGGAAAGAAUUUCGUGGUAAACUGGCCAUUGCCAUUACAGCAAAUUUUAUUAACCGGAAUACGACAGCAGAAGCCAAAGUGGAAGAAAUCAGUGGUGUGGCCUUUAUAUUCAACCAAAAAUUUUUCCAGGAACUGAGAGAAGCCACAGGUAUUGAUUUGGAGAACAUUGUCUAUUACAAAGAUGAUACACACUACUUCGUUAUGACAGCCAAAAAGCAGAGUUUACUGGACAAAGGGGUGAUUCUGCAUGACUAUGCCGACACAGAGCUCUUGCUUUCCCGGGAGAAUGUGGACCAAGAGGCUCUGCUGAAUUAUGCCAGGGAGGCAGCAGACUUCUCCACUCAGCAGCAGCUGCCGUCUCUGGAUUUUGCCAUCAAUCACUACGGGCAGCCAGAUGUGGCCAUGUUCGAUUUCACUUGUAUGUACGCCUCUGAGAAUGCUGCCUUGGUGCGGGAGCAGAAUGGACACCAGUUAUUAGUGGCUCUGGUUGGGGACAGCCUCCUAGAGCCUUUCUGGCCAAUGGGAACAGGAAUAGCCCGGGGCUUUCUAGCUGCUAUGGACUCUGCCUGGAUGGUACGAAGUUGGUCUCUAGGAACAAGUCCCUUGGAAGUCCUAGCAGAGAGGGAAAGCAUUUAUAGGUUGCUGCCUCAGACCACCCCUGAGAAUGUGAGUAAAAACUUCAGCCAGUACAGCAUUGACCCGGUCACCAGGUAUCCCAAUAUUAAUGUCAACUUCCUCCGGCCAAACCAGGUGCGCCAUUUAUAUGAUACUGGAGAAACAAAAGACAUUCAUCUGGAAAUGGAGAACCUGGUGAAUUUGCGAACCACUCCAAAGUUGACUCGUAAUGAGUCUGUAGCUCGUUCAAGCAAGCUGCUGGGUUGGUGCCAAAGGCAGACAGAUGGCUACGCAGGGGUAAACGUGACAGAUCUCACCAUGUCUUGGAAAAGUGGCCUGGCCUUGUGUGCAAUUAUCCAUAGAUACCGCCCUGAUCUAAUAGACUUCGAUUCUCUGGAUGAGCAGAAUGUGGAGAAGAAUAACCAACUGGCCUUUGAUAUUGCCGAGAAGGAACUAGGCAUUUCUCCCAUCAUGACCGGCAAAGAGAUGGCCUCUGUGGGGGAGCCUGACAAGCUGUCCAUGGUGAUGUACUUGACCCAGUUCUAUGAGAUGUUCAAGGACUCACUCCCCUCUAGUGACACCUUGGACUUGAACGCUGAGGAGAAGGCAGUCCUGAUAGCCAGCACCAAAUCCCCCAUCUCCUUCCUCAGCAAACUUGGGCAGACCAUCUCUCGGAAGCGUUCUCCCAAGGAUAAAAAGGAAAAGGACUUAGAUGGUGCUGGAAAGAGGAGAAAGACCAGUCAAUCAGAGGAGGAGGAGGCCCCUCGGAGCUACAGAGGAGAAAGACCCACGCUGGUGAGCACCCUGACAGACAGAAGGAUGGACAUUGCCGUUGGGAACCAGAACAAAGUGAAAUACAUGGCAACACAGCUGCUGGCCAAAUUUGAAGAGAAUGCGCCCCCGCAGUCCACUGGCAUAAGGAGACAGGGCUCCAUAAAGAAGGAGUUCCCGCAGAACUUGGGGGGCAGCGACACAUGCUAUUUUUGCCAGAAGCGAGUCUACGUGAUGGAGAGGCUGAGUGCUGAGGGCAAGUUCUUCCACCGAAGCUGCUUCAAGUGCCAGUACUGCGCCACCACCCUGCGUCUCUCAGCCUAUGCCUAUGACAUCGAGGAUGGUAAAUUCUACUGUAAACCACACUACUGUUACCGACUCUCCGGCUACGCACAAAGGAAGAGACCAGCAGUGGCGCCUCUGUCUGGAAAGGAGGCCAAAGGACCGCUACAGGAUGGCCCCACUGCAGACACAAAUGGACGGGCCGGCACUGUCACCAGCACGGCGGAGAGAACCCCAGGUUCAAGUGUGAAUGGCCUAGAGGAGCCCAGCAUUGCCAAGAGGCUGAGGGGCACUCCUGAAAGGAUUGAGCUGGAGAACUACCGCCUAUCUGUGAAACAGGCAGAGGAACUGGAGGAGGUACCCGAGGAGACGCAGGCCGAACACAACCUGAGCAGCGUGUUGGACAAGGGCACAGAGGAGGACGUGGCCAGCAGCAGUUCUGAGUCUGAGAUGGAGGAAGAGGAUGAGGAGGAGGAGGAGGAGGAGCCCCAGCUGCCUACCUCUGACCUGGGUGGUGUCCCUUGGAAGGAGGCUGUGAGGAUCCACGCUCUUCUGAAAGGAAAGAGUGAAGAGGAACUAGAGGCUUCGAAAAACUAUGAGCCCGCGAAUGAGGAGGAGGAAGAGGAGGAAUAUGAAGAGGAGGAGGAGGAAUAUGACGAGGAGGAGGAAGAGUCGAGUGAAGCUGGGAACCAGAGGCUACAGCAGAUCAUAAAUCCCGCGGAUCCCUUGGAGAUCCAGGCUGAUGUGCACUGGACACACAUUCGUGAGAAAGAGGUGGAGGAGCAAAUGGUCCCGACCUCUGAGUCCUCUACUUCUAGAGUCCCAUUUGAUGAGCAUUACCUGGAGGAAGAUGUGGACUCGGAGCCUGCAGAGAUAGAAGGGGAGGCAGCGGAGAAUGGGGACACAGGGGACACUGGUGCUGAGCUGGAUGAUGAUCAGCACUGGUCCGAUGAUAUCCCAUCGGAUGCCGAAACUGAGCUCCGCUUGCGACGCCAGGAAGAGGUGGAGGCAGAGCUGGAGCUGAGGGUAUCAGAAAAUGAGGAGGAGAAGCCACCCUCCAUACCAAAGCAACAGGAGAGAGGUCCCUCCCAAAUCUCCAGCCCUAUCCGGUCCCCUCAGGAACAAGCCAUUGGUUUCUCCCCUGUCCACAGCCCUGUGGCAGAGGGUGCCCGAAGCCCAUUUGCCUCUGUUGCCAACAAAGUGAAAUCCCCAGAGCAGUGCCUUUUCCCUGAGCCUCUGCUCCCUAAAGAGAAGCCCAGAGCUGAAGUCCCCACGGGGCAGACAGUCUUGCCCUCUCCCAUCUGUUCCCAGCCAGUGGCGCUGCCGGAAGCCAGGACACCAGCCUCCCCAGUGGUUUCUCAGCAGGUGUCUCCAUCAGCCACCUCCUCUACCCUCUCCACCCAUCUCCCCAUUUGCUCCCAGCCUCAGCCUUCCUCCGAGUCCACCAUCCCUUCCCCCACAGAGUCUCCCAUACGCUUCCAACCUGUUCCAGCCAAAACAUCUACCCCUCUGGCCUCUGUCCCUGUGGAAAGCCAAGCUGACACCAAGGACAAACUGGGCAGCCCUCUUGCCGUGGAUGAGGCCCUGAAGCGGAACGACCUAGUGGAAGAGUUCUGGAUGAAGAGCGCCGAAAUCCGCCGCAGCCUUGGACUCACUCCUGUAGAUCGGAGCAAGGGGCCUGAGCCCAGCUUCCCCUUACCUGUCCUUAAGCCGGUAACCCUAAAAACCUAUUCGGUUGAGAAAUCCCCUCAGGAUGAGGGAUUCCACCUUCUAAAACCACCACCUAUUCCUAAACGGCUGGGCCUGCCCAAACCAGAUGGUGAUCAGCCCUCACUGCUGACUCCUAAGUCCCCAUCUGACAGAGAGCUGAAGAGCUCCCAUGAGGAGCGGAAAGACCUGUCCAGCAGCUCUGGCCUGGGCCUCCACGGGAGCUCCUCCAACAUGAAGACAUUGGGCAGCCAGAGCUUCAACACCUCAGACUCCACCAUGCUCACCCCACCCUCAAGUCCACCCCCGCCCCCUCCCCAAGAUGAGGAGCCCGCAACCCUUCAGAGGAAGCCCUAUCAGACUUAUGAGCACAGGGAAGCUGAGCCCAAGGCCUCAGUUAUCCCACCUCCCCCACCUGCCACGUUUAUGCGGCCCCCCCGAGAGCCUGCCCAGUCCCCCAGAGAGGAGGUGCGGAAGUCAUUUGUGGAGAGUGUGGAUGAGAUCCCCUUUGCUGAUGAUGUAGAGGAUACCUAUGAUGACAAGACAGAAGACUCGAGUCUGCAGGAGAAGUUCUUCACACCGCCCUCCUGCUGGUCCCGCUCUGAGAAGCCGCUAGCUAAGGAGAAUGGUAGGUUACCAACUCUGGAGGGUGGGGUCCAACUGCAGAAAAGAGGGCUGCCCUUAGUCUCCCCUGAAGCCAAGGAGCUAGCCGAAGAGCGCAUGCGAGCCAGGGAGAAGUCUGUGAAGAGCCAGGCAUUGAGAGAUGCCAUGGCCAAGCAGCUGAAUAAGAUGAAGGAAAUGGAGAUGGUGACUGCAGCCUCCAGGCUCCCUGGAGGCCCUUCCCGCAAAACAUCCUCCAUACCCUCCAAGGGCAAAGAUCUCGUGUCUGAAUCCCCAAAACACCCAGUCCUCAAGGGCUCUGAGGAGCCCAUCCUGAAGCAUGAAGCCACCAGUGAGGAGGUCCUGUCCCCUCCAUCUGACUCGGGCGGCCCAGAUGGUUCGGUGACCUCAUCCGAGGGCUCCAGUGGAAAGAGCAAGAAGAGGUCGUCACUCUUCUCCCCCCGCAAACACAAGAAGGAGAAGAAGUCCAAAGGCGAGGGCCGGCCCCCAGAGAAACCCAGCCCAAGCCUGCUGGAGGAAGCCACCGCCAAACCCAAGUCCUUGUGGAAGUCCGUCUUCUCCGGCUACAAGAAGGACAAAAAGAAGAAGAAUGAUGACAAGUCCAGCUGCAGCACGCCUUCCAGCGGUGCCACUGUAGACUCUGGGAAGCACAAGAUGUCUCCUAUCAUGAGAGCAGAGCUGCAGCUCCGGCGCCAGCUGAGCUUCUCCGAGGACUCCGACCUCUCCAGUGACGACAUCCUUGAGAGGUCCUCCCAGAAGUCCAGGCGAGAGCCAAGAACCUACACUGAGGAGGAGCUGAAUGCCAAGCUGACCCGGCGUGUGCAGAAGGCAGCUCGGAGACAGGCAAAGCAGGAGGAACUUAAGCGGCUACACCGAGCCCAGAUUAUCCAACGGCAGCUGGAGCAGGUAGAGGAGAAGCAGAGGCAGCUGGAGGAAAGAGGGGUCGCUGUGGAAAAGGCGCUGCGUGGUGAAGCAGGCAUGGGCAAGAAAGACGACCCUAAGCUGAUGCAAGAGUGGUUCAAGCUAGUGCAAGAGAAAAAUGCCAUGGUGCGCUACGAGUCGGAGCUGAUGAUCUUUGCCCGGGAGCUAGAACUGGAAGACCGGCAGAGCCGACUGCAGCAAGAACUGCGGGAACGGAUGGCAGUGGAAGAUCACCUGAAGACAGAGGGGGAGUUAUCAGAGGAGAAGAAGAUCUUGAAUGAGAUGCUGGAUGUAGUGGAGCAGAGAGACUCCCUGGUGGCCCUGCUGGAGGAGCAGCGGCUCCGAGAAAAAGAAGAGGACAAGGACCUGGAGGCGGUCAUGCUGUCCAAGGGCUUCAGCCUGAACUGGUCCUGA